AGACGAAAUAACAGAUUUCAAAAACCAAAUAGAGAAGCUGAUGGACGAAAACGAAGAAUUGAAUAAAAAAUUACAAAACAAACACAGCAACAUCGGCAUUCACGAACAACAAGAACAGUCCCCCGAAACCGACACGUUACGUUCUAAAGUGUCCUCCCUUGAGGCUGAAGUGCAGCACCUUCGCAAAACAUCUGAUAUGAAUUUAGAAGAAGAGCUUAAGAAAGCGAAAAAUGAACUAAAAACAAAAGAAUUGGACUUGUUCAAUGUUAAUUUUGAGAAAAGUAAGCAGUUGGAUAGUGCAAUGAGCAAGAUAUGCGAGUUAGAAAAAGAUAUCGCGAAUUAUGCUCGAAAGAAUAACGAGUUAAAGGCGGAGAUCAGAAGUUUGAGAAAUCGAGAAGAACCGACAACAGAUCUGAUUCACAGAAGGCCACCAAGGUUAGUAAAAGUAAUUAUUAUUUAUAUAAUUAAAAGAUUCAUUGUUUCGAACUCUGAUUGGCUAUAACAGCUAAUUGUGAAAUCCUAUCAUCUUGAUAGCUGACCAAAUAUUGACUUCUGACAUAAUAUUGACGUCAUCGUUGAAUACGAAAAAAUCUUGUUCAACGUUAGGACGUCAUGUACCCUGCGAGCAAAGGGUAAUUGCCUUCAAAAUAACGUAGAAAAAACCAUCCUAACGCAAAACUAAACCCUAAUACUAACCUUAACCCCUAACCUAACCCUAACUUAUUUAAAAAUUGAUAUAAACGGAAACCUUAUUUUGAAGUAUACUAUCUAGCAAUUUCCGCGAGCAAAGUCCUCUCGUAUUUCUUCUUGGCACGGAACAGAGAAGCGAGAGAGACUCUGGAGAACUUGUGUAUAAAUUCAUUUGAGCAUGCGCGAAGGUUGCUAAGCAACUGCCUAUUUCCCAGAAGAAGAUUUAAUAGGUAGUUUCCGGUUCGGAUCAAAACCGGUAUCAAACCUGAAAAUACGCAUAAUUAUCCAAGUUUUUGGAUUGUCUGCUCCACAAAGAAUAUACACAAGUUAUGCAGAGUCCUUCUCCAUGCCGAGAAGAAAUACUAGAGGACUUUGCUCGCAGGGUCGACGUCAUGCUGUGGAGAUACGAAUAUGAAGGAAACACGAGCAAAACAAUAUGGCACCGCCUUCGGUGGUGUUUACAAGUUUUAAGGAAACAACAUUUAGAAUUUAAUCAAGAAAUAUCAACAUAAACAGCAACGAAAGGUUUUGAAACAUUUUAACGUACUCGUGAAAGAAAAAGGAAAGAUUUGGGAAAAAGAACUGGUCAUUUCGACGAAAUAAUGAAAUCACCAGCUUUGUUUACAAACAAUUACUUUCGGUUUUUCCACCAUCAUAACGAACUUGGAACUUGUUUGUUUUGUUUUGUUUUGUUUUGUUUUGUUUUGUUUUGUUUUGUUUUGUUUGUUUGUUUGUUUUUGGAUAGAGAGCAAAUAUUUUGGGUUAGAAUUUUGAGAAAUAGCCGACGAUUGUCUACACGCGCAAAAACGCACAGCUUGUAACAAGUCUGUAAAUAAGUUUGUUCACAAGUUGUCUUCGCACUGCUUGUCCCAGUUUGUUGUACUAAAAAGUUUGACUGUUAACAACUUGUAACAAGCUUGAUGGCAUUAUCAGUGCUAACAAGUUUGUUACAGCUAUGAUAUAACAAGGAUGUUACAAGGUUGUAACAAUCUUGUUAUAUCAAGCAUGUAACUGACUUGUCAGAACAACCUUGCAACAAUUUCGACAAGGUUGUUACAAGUUGUCACCAAGUUGUUCCAAACCUGUUGACAACUUGUGACAAGCAGUGCUAAUAAGGGAAUAACAUAAGUUUUGGAGGGCAUAUUGUUUAUUUUUGGCCCGCGUAGUAAAAUUGUUAUUGACAUUAUUAUCAAUAUAGAGGAACAAAUAAUUAUAAAUAUAUAACAUAACACCAACACAAUAUACAAUGUAGACAAUGACUGCUUUUAACAGUAAAGAAAAACAGUUAACAAUGCAUUAAAAUACAAAAAAUAUAAACUGCUUUUGUUGUGGUUUUUGCUUGAGCCUUUUUCUCAAUCUCGUCAAGAGCUUCUUUAUCAAGGUCAGAGCAUUUUUAUAUAGCAUUUUGCAACAAUAAACUCCUAGUGUAUGAUAUACUAGGUCUAAUAUAAACUCUAAAGUCAAAUGAUGUUUUACUGUUCUUUUUCAGCUCAUCAAGCGGCGAAAAUGUCGGUGUUGUGGGUAGUGUAGCAUUGUUCACACUGAAUGCGAGAGUUGAGAAACUGACCGAUGAAAAGAAGCAGCUUCAAAAUAAGUCUGAUGCGUUGCAGAAGGAAAUUGAUAAACUUUCUAUCAUCAACUUGGAUCUGAAGUAAGUGCAAAGUAUACAAGCUAAUCCGCAUUUUCUCUUUAUAAAAUAUUUAAAUAGAGUCAGCGUGCCCCCAGACUAUGCAACUUUCUUUUUUCGUUCCCCUGUUGUCCCAAACUGACCUAGAUUCAGCUCCAUCAUUUUUUUU